AUGGCUUGCUCCCGCUGCCGGCUCGCCGAGGCCGCCACGCUGCUCGUCAUCCUCCUGGCCGCCGGCGGGGCAGCAUCGGCGGCCGAGCUGGCGGAGGAGAGUAACAAGGCCAUCGCGGCGGCGUUGCCCGCCCGGAAGCAGGAGGACGUCGCCGUCGCCACCACCAACACCAGCACCGGUGGCGGCUCUGGACCCUCCUCAUCGCCGUCGUCACCCUCUCCGGGAGCGGGAGGAGGAGAGAAGAAGGAGAGCAAGGGGGACAACAAUGGCAGCAACGGGAACAAGGAGAAGGAAAAGGUCAAGAAGUGCGUGACAAGCAAGGACUGCCACCUGAAGCGCCUGGUGUGCGCCAAGAAGUGCACCAUGGCCGCGCACAAGAAAUGCGCCGCCAAGUGCUCCCGCUCCUGCACCGGCGGCCUCCCCAUCUGCACCUAGCUACCUACCUGCCUGCUUCUUUCUUGCCUCAUCA